CCACUUCCCACAGAAAUCUACCAGCAGAAAUCUACUGAACUUCCGAAGAGCAUAUUUCUUGAACAUCCAUUGAAUCAAAAGCAAUUCUAAUUGCUACCUUCUACUUCUAAAGCGCUGUUAUUCCUUGGCAAUAGCCUGUAAAAGCAAUUUUAAUUGCUAUUUGGUCAAGAAGGGUUUUCUUUUCAAAAAGCCUUUCUAAUUUGCUGUAUUUGAUUUGACCAUUCUGCCCAGAGAACUAAAGCUAACAUUCUUAAUUUGCUCAAUUUGAUUUGACCAUUCUGCCUAGAGAGCUAAAGCUUACAUUCUUAAAGGUUAUUGCUCUAAUUUGUCUUUCUUCUGAACAGACAUAAUUCUUCCAGGGAUUCAUCUUCACUCACUGUCUCAUCUUAAGAAAUGGCUGGGGAAAAGAAAUCUGCCGCGGCACAUAGACACUAUCUACUCUGUCCAGUUUGUUUGAGGACCCAAGAGUCUCUAUCCUGUCACCUGCGCAGAGUCUGCAUGAAGGAUAAGACACCACCAGAGAUCCUAGAGGUGGUUGAAAAGGCCAAGAAAGAUGUGUGUGACCUCCUGAAGAAUGGACGGGCUUUUAGUUAUGCAGUCCUGAAGCAAAUCGUCUCAUCACCAAAUCCACUCGAAGGAUUGAUUGAGGAGCUGAAAUACCAUCACUUGUUUGUGACAGGAGUCCCUCCUCCUCUGCCCAUUGGUAAUCCAAGGUUGGUCACCGAAACCCUUUCUGAAUGCCCUGGGGAGGCACCCGGAGAGACAGAGCCAUCUGAUGUUGAAUCUUGCGGCAGCAAUGAGCUUUUUCAAUGUAGACAAGAGAAAACGUAUACCAAAGACAAAAUGGUGAAAGCGAAGGCUUUAGGCAUUUUGAAAAAGCAUUCAGCAGAUCAUCCAUUGCUCAAGCGCUUUGCCGACUACCUAAAGAAUGAUUACGAAAAUGCAAAGUACCAACAGGAGGUUGACACUGUUUCCCGGUACCUGUAUUUUGCUGAUCCUACGGAACCAUCUUUGAAGUUUGUCAAUGACAGAGAGAAGCUCAGAGACUUCCUGGGUCAACAGGCUAAGGCAGGGUAUAAGGCACAAACAUCAGGAAAUUACAUCAAGUGCUUGAAAAGGUUCUUGGAGUUCCACUUGACAAGGACCGGCUUGAGACAGGAUGACAGGGAGCUCUACAAGCAGUGCACAUUAUAUUUGAGUUUUUUAACUUCUUCACAGAGUGUCCUCUCUAAGCAAGCGAGCAAAGAAAUUGUGCAAAAGAGGCAUGCCUUGUUGUUUGACAAAAGUCAACCCACACCUCGUGAAUGCUUGGCUGUUCUUGAUAAAGGUGAAGGUGACUUAGUGAAAAUCAUGGAUCAACUUGAUGACAGUUCUUCUUCCUCCCUGAGUAGGACUGAGUGCAUAUUUGUGCUAUACUAUCUUGAGGCAAUUGUCAUACUAAGACACUGCCAACGGCCAUGUGUGGUGCAGAGCAUGAAGGUCAAGGAAUGGCUUGAACGGAAACACGCAGAUGAUGAUUCAAUUGUUUUUGUAAAGGACCACAAGACGGCUGCACAUUUUGUGGUCUCAAUUGUCCUGUCCAAGAAGGAGGAGGCGUGGUUUGAGAAAUAUUACACCAAAGUGCGCCCACAGCUCCUUGCUGGCGAAAGGAAACGUAAGCGAGAUGAGCAGGGUGAGAAGGAUGGAGAUGAUUUUUUCUUUGUGUCCUCCCGCGGUAAGCCAAUUUACAAUGCAGCGGGUGAUCUGAUAAAGCUCCAGCAAAAGUGCAACGUCCCCCAGGUGAGCAGCCAGGUUGUACGGAGGGUAUUUGAGACAGCAGCUAACCGCCUGGAUGACCCUCAGAAGAAAGCAGUUUCUGACUACCUGGCCCAUUCUGGCACAACAGCUGACAAACAUUACAGGAUGAAAUCUCUUGAAUCCAUUGUGAUGGCUGCUGGUCUGCUGAAGAAAUUACAGAAGCAGAAGAAGUCAAGUGCUGGGCCUUCCGGUCAAGAGGCUCUUGGAGAAGGGACCAGCCCUCAGUCAGUGGAGUCUUCCAGCCAUGGUGACCAUUGUGCUCUCCCUCAGCCUUCCUUGAGACAGCUAGUGAUCGAUUUAGAGAGGAUUCCUGAGGGAAAUAACAAAGUCAAAUUCCACAAGGAAUUCAAGUCCCUCUUGGAAAAGCACCCUGUGACACUGAGUGGUCAAAUCCCAAAAAUGAGACACCGCAGGGACACCUCGGAGGCCAAUCAGCGGAAGCUUUACACACACUGGGCGGAAAAGCAAUUAGAAAUGCGUGUAAAACACACCCGUGAACAAUUCAAUCGGAGGAGGCCAACGAAAGAGCGUGUCGACACAUGGGUCAAAAAGCAGGGAUGGAAGUGCAAGGCUGCCAACAUCAGCACUGAGGUUGUGGAGAACUGGGCACCAUCUGGAUCUGAGGACCGCAUCAUGGACAACAAACAGAUCCAGACAUUGGUGAAAACACAAGACUGGAAAGGACUGCACAUCACACAGUUUGAAGAGAAGGGCGAUGGGAUCAUUACGACCCGCACUUUUAAGAAAGGCGAGGUUGUAUGUGAUUAUCAUGGGCCUGUUGUUAGUGGAAAGGAGGGCGAGAACAUACACAAAAACACAACUGGAAAGGAGACUGGAUAUAUCUUCUUUUUCCGGAACAGUAAAGGACAGUCAUUGUGCAUUGAUGCCCACUCAGACAGGUGUCAUUGCCACCCUGACAAGAGAACAUUUGGCAGGCUGUUGAAUCAUUCCAAAAAGAACUCGAACAUCAAGCCCCUGCACUGUGUGGUGGACAAGGAUGGAGAAAUGAAGGAUGUGAUCCUUUUCAUUGCAACCAAGGACUUGCCAGUGGGUGAGGAAGUUCUGUUUGACUAUGGAGUCAACAAAAAAUAUUUUAACAAUGAGGGGUCGGACCUUGACUGGCUCUAGCAGGGCAUCAGCCUUCAGAGACACAUAUGACAUGUCCCUGGUUGGUGAAAUGUUUCAUCUGUGUGUUUGUUUGUGCUGAUGGCUCUUUAAAGGAUAGGGAUGAGGACUCCAAAAUCGUACCAUGACCCGUUUGGUGAGAUGUUUCAUAUGUUUUUUAGUGGAUCAAUUCUUGGCAUGUAUGGAUAAACUUUCUGAAUAUAAUAAUAAUAAUAAUACAUUUUAUUUAUAAUGCACUUUAUAUUCAAGAAUCUCAAAGUGCUUCAGAGAAAAAAAAAAAAUACCAAAAAACUAUUAAAAAGGGGGAACCUCAAAGAAAGUUUAGCUAAAUGCUCUUUUAAAGAGAUGGGUUUUGAGGUUCCGUUUAAAAAGAGCUGUAGUCUGUGGAGCCCUCAGGUGGUCAGGGAGGGCGUUCCAUAGUCUAGGGGCAGCAGCAGAAAAGGCCCGAUCACCCAUGGUGCACAGCUUCGUAUGUCGGGUUUGGAGGGUGUGAGUGG